GAUCACACGACGUUACACCGCGGCACGGGCUUUUCCGUUUCUUCUCACCUGCAGUAAACCUUUGCCCUGCGCACACACACCUUCUUACCCUCCCUCUCUCACCCGCAUCCACAUACAUACCCUCUCCCCUAGAGCACGCAGUUUUAUUUCCCUCAGCCAUGCAGGAUAACAUGCGCACCAUGAACGAGCCUCUGUCGGAGGUGAGUUCCAUGCGUCCGUCGCGCCGCCCGUCCUCGAUCUACCGCCGCAAGUCCAGCAUCGCGGGUCACAAGGUGCUCUACAUCCCGUUCCGCGAGCGCCUCUUCAUCAUCCUCGCCGCGGUCAUCCAGGUGAUCAUUCUCGCUUUGCUCAUCGCCUCUGCAACCACGGACGUGUUCGAGGUGGACGGCACCCGCGCCAUCGAGAGCGGUGCGAACCUCACCCACGUCACCACUGCCCUCGGUGUCACCGUGACGGCGGGCUCAAAGCCGUUCUGCUACUCCCUGUGGGGUGCUCGCCACUGCGGCAAGACAGAGUUCCACACCGAGAAGUGGUACGCGGCCCGCGGUGCCGCGCAUAAGGGCUUCCCGUCGCCCGUCUCCCAGACCAUGAUGCUUGGCGCCGCAGCCUUUGCCGUGCUCGCCGCAUGCUACUCCUUCCUCAACCUCUGCGGCAUCGUGGUCGUGGUCUUCCUGCAGGACUACACCGCCGUGCUGUGCGCGUGGUCCUUCUCGGUGUGGAUCACCAUCCUCAUCUCCUGGGCCCUGAGCGUCGGCGUGUAUGCGCGUGGCAUGACCACCAUGCCCAGCUCCACCAUCCCCGGGCGGCUGGUGCACGUGAAGGACUACUGCAGGUUCACCACCUCCUUCGGCCUCACCAUGGCCUGCUUUGCCCUGCACGCCUUCCAGUUCGCCUUCACCGUCGUGUACGAGCGCAUGUUUGCGAAGCGCAUGAGAGCGCUCGUGAAGGAGCAGAAGCAGCUGACCGCGGAGGUCCACGAUCACGCCGAGGAGUAA